AGCAUUUUUUUUCUUUAAAGCAAUACUAUAAUUUGGGAGACCGCUUCCUUAUUUCUCUUAGCUAUCAGCUCUAUAUAAGUAUCCCCUUCCUUAAGACUUCUCAUUCCUCUUUCUUUGGGAUCUCCAUUUUCUUCCUUUCCUUUUCAGUGAAUUGCUUGCUCCUUCACAUGGACAACUUAGCAUUUGAAAUGCAAGAAGAUGGAACACAGAAGGCUUCAUCCACGGGAAAGAUCAGUACUCCUUCCAAAGCGGAAAAGAGGCAGCAGUGGUCACUGCUGAGUGUUUUCCUGUUGUGCCUGCUGGCCUGUUUCAUCACCACAGCAACAGGCGUGCUUACUCUCUCCCUGGUUUACGUCCAUGCCAAACCUCGCUUUGAACAGGACGCCUCACCUUCACACACAGUGGUUCCUCAAGUACAGAAGGCUAUCGAUCCAAAAUUUCAAUUUCUUAAUCAUUUAUCCAAAUCCAAGGUAUUUGAGUUCCCUGGUGGUGCCAUCCAGUGGGCGAGGUACAGGAACAACAUUAAAGACUAUCUCAGUGUCGAAGAAGAGGCAUUUGGCACCAGCUUGAACAGCCUGAGAUCACAGAUGACACUGGGGACACUGAGAAUAAAGAGCAAGGGCCUCCGGGCUCCUCACUGGCACUUCAAUGCCAACGAGCAUGGCUAUCUCGUGCAGGGGACAGCAUGGAUCGGGGUGGUUGAUGAUGGUGGUGAGGUUGCUACCACAUACAAUGUCACAGCUGGCCAAGUGAUCUUCUUUCCUAAAAACACACUACACUGGAUAAAGAACGUGGGUCAGGAAGACUGCUUCUUCUUGCUCUUCUUUUCCACACAUGAUGAACUGCAGACGUUAGAUGUUGAUGAUGUGUUUUUCUCUACACCUGAAGACAUUGCUUCCAGGUCACUGAAGCCUGAAGGUGGAAUUAAUUUCAUUAGAAAAUUCCAGAAGCAAACAGAGGAUCAGGGGGUCAAUCUUCCUCCCAACUUGGCAGAGCUGGUUAUGAACGCUAGUUAUGUUCAGUCUCCGGACAGCAUUGUGUGGAGAUAUUUUUUUGACCUUAAAGGUUCAAAAGAAUAUAAGUUUCCAGGGGGAGCCAUCCAGCUAGCUCAGUACUGGAAGGAUGCAAAUGCACUAAGCAGCAAGGAGAAAAUUUUCAAUGAAUUUCUACAUCAGCAUCAAAAUGUUCUCGCGUUGAGUACACUCAGGAUUUAUAACAAUGGACUGAGACAGCCCCAUUUUCAUCUCAAUGCAAAUGAAAUGGGAUAUGUGGUGAGCGGAUGUGGAAAGGUGGGCAUCAUUGACACUCAGAGAACCAUAGAGUUUAAUAUCCACAUUGGAGAUGUGGUGUUUUUCCCCAUCGGAACCCAGCAUUACAUCAAGAACACAUGUGAUGAGGAUUUGCUCUUUGUUCUUGCCCUCAGCACCGGAGAUCAGGUCCAAACUCUUGACAUGGAUGAUUAUCUCCAGGCCACCUCAGACCAUAUUUUGGCCCAGCUUUUUUUCAGGAAGCAAAGCGAGUUUAAGAAGAUUCCCAGAUUCACAGAGGACCAGGCCAUCAACCUGCCUUAAAUUCCUAAUGAGUUCAUACUGUUCAUUGUCAGUUGUUGAGAAAGAAAGGCCACUGGCUGAGAAACGUGCACUUGUUCCAAAUGAGAUGAGACAACAGAGACAGAGCAGCCCCAGGAUUGCCCACGGGGCAUCUGAGUAUAGAAAGUCUUGCUGAUCAAACGUUUCACAUUUGGGUGUCUGAAGUAUCUGAUAAAUUGGCAUUAUUAAUGCAUUUUAGUAUACAUAUACACAUACAUACAUACAUAUAUAUAUACAAGUAUAUAUACAUAUAUGUCUUGCUACUUCAAAUGUAUUGUUUAAGCAUUUGCUCUUAUACAUACAAGCAACAUUUAACUACACAAUUAUUAUUCAUUAUUUAUCAGUGUGGUAGGUAAAAAAGAGACAGGUUUAUAUACGCACAUUGUGAGGCACUGUAAUCCAUGUGCAUUAGACCAUGUCUGAAGAGUUUAGUACCAUGCCUUAAGUUGGAGAUUCCCAGUCCUUUUUGGCAUGAGAUAGUUUUGAUGAUGUCAACAUUUUAAGGAGUUCAGUCAUAUCAGUAGUUAUGUACUUAUUUUAUAUUACCAUAGAAGAUAUUUAAUGACAAAAUGAAUAUGAACUAAGUGCCAUCCUUGAAUGUAUUUGAAUUUUGUUGGUAACCUCACCAUCUGUCUACAUUUGAAAACGUUCUUCCCAUGUUUAAAAUGCAUCUGAGAGUCUGUUGCUAGUGUUGGCUAUGUCUGAAGAUUCAUGGGCCCCUUAUCAUCUUCAUGAAGCUGCUUGAGGCUGGUGCUCUCUUAAGUUAUUAACCUGACCUGUACUUUAAUUUUGAUUGCAAUUUAUUUUAACAGGCAUUUGGUAUACUGACAGUGUGCAAUUCGCCACCAUCAUUUUUAAGCUAUUUUAUAUAAAAUUUUUAAGGUGAUAGAGCUGACUUUAAUGCCUUCUUUUUGUUAUUACCAUAAUGCCUAAUCUGAUUGUUUUUAAAGGCUCAGACUGUUUAUUUUUUUAAAAUACACAAGAAUCUGUCCUUUCUCUCCCCACGCCUCACUCUGCCUCUGUCUUCAUUUGAAUGUUUAGCUCUACUGGUUACUAGUAGAAGAAUAUAGUUAGAACUUCUCUCAGGGGUCACCACCUACAACAAAAGGCUUUAGGAAUGUGAUGUCAGCUUCUCUCUACUCUCAGUUAUUUGUUAGUUCAUUCAACUAGAAGGUUAGCACUGCGUUAGAUGUUAGUGAGAUGUCGUUAAAUUAUCUCUGCCUCACCAGUCACUGUGAUAAGUGAUAAAUGUGUGCACACAAAGAUUACAUGGAUACACACAUUCAGGCAUAAGUAAAACAUGAAGCCCAGCUCUGGGAGUCAUACGGAGGAGGGUGUUAAGACUUCCUGGAGUAGAUCUGAGUGUAGAUGAACCGUUUGCCACAACAUUAAGAGGAAGAUGAAAUCUAUGAGCAGGCAAACUUCUAGAUUGAAGGCUGAAGGUAGUGCCUUUAUAUAUAGUGUCAAACAUGGAAGUACGAGAAACAGUUCGCUAUGGGAGGACAAGAGGGCCAAUAACAAGGGAUGAGGCUAGAGCAGGGAGGGUCCAGACAGGGAGGACAUCAGCAUCCUUUAGAGCACAUCUCUGUGCUUUUCCUCAUUGCCUUUCCCCAGCAGAGCUACCUGAGAUUGGAGCUUGGCUACAAGCAGAGGCUUAAUGGUGUUUGGCAGGGGAAGUAAUGUUGAAAGGAUUUAGGGACUAGCACAAAGGAAACGGAACAUGGAAGGGAAUAUCCAGAUAGAUAGAUGUGUUGUUUUCAUCAGUAAUGACUAGACUACCCUGUGAGGUUGCUCCUCUCCCAUAAAAAUCUCUGAACUGUUAUCAGUGGCUCUCCUUACUGACGAACUCUGAGGAUCAUAAAGGCAGAAAACAAUGUGUGGACAUAGCUUUUAUCUGCAAAUUUUACCGUGGAAUAUAAAAACAUUAUAUACUAUAAGCUUGUUUACAUGUAUGUACUAGCUUGUUUACCUGUAUGUACUAGCUUGUUUACAUGUAU